GAAGUUGCAUCAGGGUCCCGGCUGUGGGAAUACGGCGGGGUGGAUAAAUGACAGCCCGCUCUGCUCUGGCGGUGUGAGCUGCCGCAUGGAUGCGCUGUGUCAGUUCAACUCCUCCUGCAGAGCUCUGCAGCGCCCCCACGCCGAGACCGCCUUCCUCUACAGCCUGCUGGCCUUCGUGUCGCUGCUCACCGUGGCACUCAACCUGCUGGUCAUCGUGUCCAUCUCCAACUUCCGGCAGCUGCACACCCCCACCAACAUGCUGCUGCUGUCGCUGGCGGCCUCUGAUCUGCUGGUGGGGCUGCUGGUGAUGCCCAUCGAGGGGGUGCGGACCAUCGAGUCCUGCUGGGUGCUGGGCAGGCUGAUGUGCGUGGUGUCUCCCUUCAUCUCCUACAGCCUGCUGUCUGCGACUGUGGGGAACGUGCUGCUCAUAUCCAUCAACCGCUACCUGGCCAUCUGUGACCCCCUGCGCUACUCCAGCAAAGUCACGCUGCGCAAAGUCAAGCUGUGCGUCUGUCUGAGCUGGGCUUGUUCCAGCGUCUACAACUGCCUGAUACUGAAGGACCACCUGGGCAAAGCUGACCAGCUCAUGUGCCACGGCGAGUGCGUGAUGGUGGUCAGCCACAUCGCAGGCACCGUCGACCUGGUGGUCACCUUCUUCCUCCCCUGCGCAGUCAUCCUGGUUCUCAACAUGAAGGUCUGCGUCACAGCCAUGUCACACAUCCGCCUCAUGAGGUCCAGCAAUCCCGAGGCAGCGGCCCAGCACUCCAAGAGGUCUGAGAGGAAGGCGGCCAGGACUCUGGGUGUGGUGAUCGCCGUCUUCCUGGUGUGCUUCUGCCCGUACUUCUACCCCACGCUGCUGGGUCACGACAUCUCCAGCAGCUCGUCCUACUUCGCAGCCCUGUCCUGGGUGAUGAUGCUCAACUCCAGCAUCAACCCUCUCAUCUACGCCCUCUUCUACCCCUGGUUCCGAAAAGCCGUCAAACUCAUCUGCACCCUUCAAAUCCUGCUGCCCAACUCCCGCGACAUCAGGGUCCUGUAG